CGGCCGGAGAGCAGAGACGAGCGCCGCGCACCCGGUCGCGCCUGCCGUGCUCGCCGUGCCCGCCCAGCGCAGCCUCCCGCCUUAUUAUUAACAAUGCUGCCGUGAACAUUCUGACAUGGGCCAUUUUGGAAGGCGUCUACAUGCAUUUCCCUUACGGAUGUCCAUAAAAACUGCCCAACAGAUUUCCAAAGUGGUUGUUCCAGAGUGUGCUUCUCCUGGCAGUGUUGGAGAGUUCUGAUUUCUCCACAUAGUCACCAACAGUAGGCAUUGUCCAGAUUCAUUUUCCAUGGCUGUAUGCUCCAGGCCUCAAUGAAGAGCCCAAACAUGGAGACAUUCAAGCAGCAGAAGGUGGAGGACUUUUAUGACAUCGGAGAGGAGCUGGGGAGCGGCCAGUUUGCCAUCGUGAAGAAGUGCCGAGAGAAGAGCACGGGGCUGGAGUACGCGGCCAAAUUCAUCAAAAAGCGGCAGAGCAGGGCCAGCCGGCGGGGUGUGUCCCGGGAGGAGAUCGAGCGGGAGGUGAGCAUCCUGCGGCAGGUGCUGCACCCCAACGUCAUCACGCUGCAUGACGUCUUUGAGAACCGAACCGACGUGGUGCUCAUCCUCGAGCUAGUGUCGGGAGGAGAGCUCUUCGACUUCCUGGCCCAGAAGGAGUCGCUGAGUGAGGAGGAGGCUACCAGCUUCAUCAAGCAGAUCCUGGACGGUGUGAACUACCUUCAUGCCAAGAAAAUUGCUCACUUUGAUCUCAAGCCAGAAAACAUUAUGUUGUUAGACAAGAAUAUUCCCAUUCCACACAUCAAGCUGAUUGACUUUGGCCUGGCUCAUGAAAUAGAAGAUGGAGUUGAAUUUAAGAAUAUUUUUGGGACGCCAGAAUUUGUUGCUCCAGAAAUUGUGAACUACGAGCCCCUGGGCCUGGAGGCUGACAUGUGGAGUAUAGGCGUCAUCACCUACAUCCUCCUAAGUGGAGCAUCCCCUUUCCUGGGAGACACAAAGCAGGAAACGCUAGCAAAUAUCACAGCAGUGAGUUACGACUUUGAUGAAGAAUUCUUCAGCCAGACCAGCGAGCUAGCCAAGGACUUCAUCCGGAAGCUUCUGGUGAAAGAGACCCGGAAACGGCUCACAAUUGAAGAGGCUCUCAGACACCCCUGGAUCACGUCCAAAGGAGAAGUCAGAGCCCCGGAACAGCAGAAGACAGAGCCUGCCCAGCUGAAGACCAAGCGCCUAAGAGAAUACACCCUCAAAUGCCACUCAAGCAUGCCUCCCAAUAACACCUAUGUCAACUUUGAGCGUUUUGCCCGUGUAGUGGAGGACGUGGCUCAGGUGGACCAGGGAUGCCGUGCCCUGGCAGGGACCCAUGACACCAUCCAGGACGACGUGGAGGCUCUGGUCUCCAUAUACAAUGAGAAGGAAGCUUGGUACCGGGAGGAGAGUGAGAGCGCCCGGCACGACCUCUCCCAGCUCAAGUAUGAGUUCCGCAAAGUGGAGUCCUUGAAGAAACUCCUACGAGAAGACAUCCAGGCCACAGGGUCCAGCCUCGGAAGCAUGGCCAGGAAAUUGGACCAUCUGCAGGCACAGUUUGAAGCUUUAAGGCAGGAGCUCUCAGCAGACCUACAGUGGAUCCAGGAACUGGUGGGCAGUUUCCAGCUGGAGAGUAAGAACACAGAUGGCCUGGGCUCCGUGUUCUGCAGGGACACCAGGGAGUCCCUAGUGGAGCAGCUCGACAGAUCAUGCAGCAAGGAAGUCUUGGCUGGCUUGGAACUCUGAGCACCAGAAUCUAGUCAGUAAUGCAUCCUGGAUGAUUUGCAGAAGCGUGUUCCCAAGUGCCCCGCCAGAGCAUCAGCUAGAAUUAUCCUUAGGGUGUGUGUAUGUAGCAUAGCCCUCCACCCCCUUCACAGAAUCCAGAAUCAGGAAGGCGCUAGCUAGUUACUCAUUCUGCACCUCCUCUCACCAACCUGGUUUUCUGGGAGGUGGCUGGUGGAGCAGCCAAGCUAUUAAAACAAUUGAGAAUGAGUACCUCUCAGCCUACCCUUUUCCAGAGGGAGGAUGGCUGGCCCCGGGGAGAUGCUUGUAAUUGAUCUGUGAUAAUGGAUUUCUUCACAUCUCACCUCCCACCUAUAUGUCUUAAUAAAUUGCAGAUCUUGGGUAA